CGCGCACGCGCACUCGAUCUUGACUCUUGCCUCUGAAACGGCGAUCAGUGGUCCGAGAUUGUGCAAAUCACCGAGCACAGUCGUGAAUGCGUGUCGUGUGGUGUAUCACAAUCGGGACAUCAAGCGCUAAGCGCAGCUUUCGUGUGAGCCAAGAAGCGCUGCGUGCGGCCAAGUACCGCUUGCUGAGGGUUGAAGCGCGGAGGAUGACAUCCCCACUGCAUCCAUUUAGCCGCGUCUUGGCAGACGAGAUUGCCAGAUGCCAAGGCAGACGACGCUUAGCCGCAGGAUGCUCUGCCAUCGGUACUCAAACAUCGAGCAUGGCUGGUGCAUUACUGCGAGCUUGGCAAGAAGCGAAAGGAGUUGAAAGCGCGUGAGCCUUCUCCACCUGCUCGCUCCUUUCCAGAGCUCUGUCCAGCAGGUGAGAGGGCGGUAUAUAAGGGGGGCUGUCAGUCGAG